AUGGAUAAGGAGGCUGGAGCGGCCCUGCUUCUGACAGCAACGUCUUUGGAUGAGUGCAAAGAUCUCUUUCAGCAGCAGGCCUGUGCCACUCAUCCCACUGCUGGUGGAACGCUGCAAGAGUUCAACAUGAUCCUGAAUACUUUCAGCUCGCUGUGCAAUGGUUUUGCCACGGCUGGUAAGCUUCAGUGGCUGCCAGAUGCAGAAUCCAGCGUGACGGAUCUCCAAGCAUUGCUCAGACGCCUGAGCCCACUGCGCCGAAGAGAGGCGAUCCAGCGCCUUCCGCUGCAAGAACGGCACCGGCUGGAGAGAUCGAUGCUGAGGAAGUCCAGCGAUGCGACAGAGGAAAAGAAAGACGCUUCGCGCUUGCCACGUUUGCCACGUCGCGGGACGCUUUCGGAGCGAAGUCUUUGUUCCCAAGUGAGAGUCGGCUCUGAAAGCUUCAGGCCAUGUGUCCAUUUGCAUGAAGGCUUGUACGUUCAAGCUCUAUCCUGCCGAGACUUGCCUAUGGCAGUUGCAGCUCUGGGCACGCUGAUCAUCAUGCGAUCUCUGUGUCGGGCCCAAACGUACGAUCAGUAUCGAGCACGAUCGGCUCAUCGCAAGAUGUGUCGCAAGACUUGUUACGACUUUGUGAGGCAUCGAGCUCUGGACCUGCAGAGAGCAAUUGCCACCACUCUAAGUGUGCAUACCUUGAACGACAAGCUAUCCUUCGUCUUUCGAACUCGCUUUUCCCUUUCAAAGAGCUGUGAACUUGCAACCCCUUCCAGAAGGGAGCCGCAGGCGGCCAUCGAAGAUUGGGUUGUGAUGAUUUGGGCAAUGGAUGCUUUGGACAAGUUGAAACUCUUGAAGUUCGUCUCUGCCAUUUCCACCAUGCCCGGGGCUGUUCGUGGCAAGAUGGAAGACCUUGGCAGUCAUGGUGUUGCAAACUUUGAAGAUACAGAACCAGGACGGACGCUGGAGAUUGUGGAUGGGGGUGCUGCAAGCACACUGAAGGUGAGCGGACUCCGCAAAGCAGAACCGAUGUCAUGCGACUUCGAGCCUGCGCUUGUUGCACUUCAAAGAUCUGCGCGCAAGGUCCAAAAUUCGGAGGACCACAGAGACUCUUGGCCCACUAAGCUCGACCUCAAGAAGCUUCCUCGACUACAGUCUCGUCGUGAGCCACGUGCUGCAACUAGUGGCCUCACCGGUUCUGCCUGGUCCGACUUUGCAGUUGAGGUGAUGGUGGGCAGUGAGAGUUUCCCUGUGAUUGUUGACACUGGCUCUUCGACCUUCGCAAUUCCAGCUCGCCCUGUGGCUGGAUGUGAGUUCUACACUGGGGAUUGCGAAGGCAGACCAAUCGAAGCUCGCUAUGGUAGUGCGAAUUGGACAGGCCGCGUUUGUUAUGGACCAGAGGUCGAAAUGGCAGGCCUUCCAGCUGGACACAUUAGCUUUGCUGGAAUCUAUGUGCAGAACAAUUUCCUCACGGAGUGUACCUCAAUCCCGGGCGGGUUUGUUUCCCGCGGCAUCAUUGGAAUGGCCUAUCCAGCACUUUUGCCUCAAGGCCUCUCGAAGUCCUUGUGGGAUUCUGUGGUCGCCACAGCUCAAAUCCGCAACGUCUUUGCCAUGCAGUGCUGUCCAUGGAGUGGCUUGAACCGGGGCACUGGCAGCUUGACUCUGGGAGGGUGGGACCAGCAGCUGUACCGCGAGGAAGACUUUGCGUACACUCCGAUAACGAUGGAGAAGUGGUUCUGCGUCCGCGUUGAGAAAGUCUUCCUUGUUGGCUUCGAAGACAUGGAAGAUUCCGAAGAUUCGGAAGAUUUGGGUGCUGUGCCAAAGGCACGUCAUUGA